GAGUUUUUCGAGUGUAUGCGGUACAGAGUAAGUACAUACAGACGCACCUAUCAAUGCACAGACCGCAAGCUCACCCAGAGGCGCCGGGCCAAUAGGAGCCGGCUCUUGGCAGCAGCUGGGAGGCUACCAAAAAAACGGAAUCAUCAUUCCCAUUGGAGCUUGUCGGCAGAGAGCAGCUCCUCCUCUAUCACUGCCUCCAGAAGCUGAGAUAUCCCACCACAAUUAUUAAUCUCCACACCCCACCAGCACCAGCUUCUACUGCGCCGCACCGCUCGACGAUAUGUCGCGCAAUUCGAUGGACGAGUACCUGGCGAGGAUGCGGUCCAUCGUCCGCCAGAACAGCCGCGGCGGCUUCCCUGGAGGUCGUCCGCCCCCGGGAUCUGCCACGGCGCUCGCCGGCGUCUUCUUCCUCGUUGGGGGUGCCGUCCUGCUCCAGAACUCUCUCUUCAACGUCGAUGGUGGGCACAGGGCAAUCAAGUACAAGAGAAUAAGCGGUGUGAGCAAGGAGAUCUACAAUGAAGGAACCCAUAUCAUGAUCCCCUGGUUUGAAACUCCCAUAACGUACGAUGUCCGUGCGAAGCCGAGGAAUGUGUCGUCCCUCACAGGCACCAAAGACUUGCAGAUGGUUAACAUCACAUGUCGUGUGCUCUCCCGACCCGAGAUCAGCGCACUCCCACAGAUAUACAGGACUCUGGGACAGGACUACGAUGAACGUGUGCUGCCCUCCAUCGUCAAUGAGGUCUUGAAGAGCGUGGUCGCCCAGUUUAAUGCUAGUCAGUUGAUUACGCAACGUGAGAUGGUCGCUAAGCUAGUGCGAGAGAAUCUCUCGAGGCGAGCUGCACGAUUCAACAUCCUCCUAGAUGACGUAUCUUUAACGCAUCUCGCUUUUUCCCCCGAAUUCACGGCUGCUGUCGAGGCGAAGCAAGUAGCACAGCAAGAAGCGCAAAGGGCGGCCUUCGUUGUGGAUAAAGCUAGACAAGAGAAGCAAGCCAUGGUCGUCAAGGCACAGGGUGAGGCAAGAUCAGCAGAACUCAUUGGCGAGGCCAUCAAGAAGAGCAAGACGUACGUGGAGCUGAAGAAGAUCGAGAACGCGAGGGCUAUUGCUACUCAACUUCAAGAGGCGGGUGGCAGGAACAAGCUGUUGCUAGACUCGGAGGGGUUGGGCUUGAAUGUGUUCAGUGGUAACGAUGACCAGAACAAGAAAUGAGCAAACACAUAAAUGACGAACGAAAAGGUGACCGCUUUAAAGGGAGGAAAAUCUCCACUGUAUGUCUAGAACCUAUUCAUAAUCAAUGUACAUUAUCUGCCAUGGAAGGCUUUUGUGCGAGCACUUCCUGGCCAUACCCAGUUUUGGACAAUGAGGCUGCCAAGAACGUGAAAACCUCAUCUGUCCUUAAUCAUGGCAGAUUUUAGAAGUAAGGCUCGUUCUCUGUACUAUAUACUGAGUAAUGUGCAAUGAUAUAUUUCCACGAUGUUACGAUGUUACGUGCGCGCACCAUACACGCACCAUAAC